AUGGAUCGGCUGGGGCUCGAGAAAAGCACUUCUCAGGCUACCGAAACUACUUUUCUUCUAGACCUGCAUACGUCGAAGAUAAUAUCCACCCAGCCCGAGGAAGAUUUUUAUGACGACGAAAUACAGUACACCCCUGGCGAGGAGAGCCAAGUGAUUAGGAUCCUGGAUAGGCGCCUUUUACCAUGCAUACUUUUGACGACAUUCGUCCUUAACAUGGAUCGUACCAACAACUCAAACGCCAUCUCAGAUAACCUACCUCAAGAUUUAGGUUUUACCAUCGAUACCGUAAACACCGCUACAGCGAUAUACUCUGUCUUGUUCUCUGUGUUUUGUUUAUCUGGCGCUGUCGUGGCCAAGAUUGCUGGGCCUUCACGUUGGAUCCCUAUUCUUAUGUUCGCGUGGGGACUGGUUACCCUUGCACAUGCGUUGAUCAAGGAUAAAUUCGGUUAUAUAACUGGUGGGUGUGUGAUCCCUGCCACACUGGUCUAUCUAGGAGGAUUUUACAAAGGAACGGAGUUGGCCACACGUCUGGCCUAUUUGUGGGGUGUGCAAAGCGUGGCGAGCGCUUUCAGCGGCCUAAUGGCCAGUGGUCUCUUACAGCUUCGUGGUCUUUGGGGUUUGGAAGGGUGGAAAUGGAUGUUCAUCGUUGAUGGGAUAAUCACCGUUGCGGUCGCGAUAUUUACUUGGUUCUAUCUUCCCCGAGAUCUUAUACAAACAAGGGCUGGGUUUGGCGGGCGCAAAGCUUGGUUGACUGAUAGGCAGCUGAGGAUUGCCGUGACGCGAGUAAUCCGCGAUGACAUCUCGAAGCGAGUUUACGACAAGAGAGUCCAAUGGUCGGACAUCAAAGAUACGCUGACUGAUGUCGGUAUUGUGGGACACCUUCUCAUCACAUCGAUUGGCUUGACUCCUCUCACACCACUCCAAACAUGUAAGGGCCAAAUUCUUUCAGCCGUCAUUAAAUCCUUCAACUUCAACGUUUUCGUCGCCAACGCGCUAACCGCACCACCUUACCUCUUGCAUGGCAUUAUUAUGAUCAUGUUUGUUCAUCACUCUGAUAAAACGAGAGAACGAGGGUAUCAUGGUGCUUUUGGAGCGAGUUGGCAGCUUUUGGGGUGGAUUUUUUUAUGGGCUCUGCCAGAGGGUGCUGGAAGAGGCAUCAAAUAUUUUGCUGCAACAUUCCUUGCAUCGUGGCCGUAUACUCAUCCACUCAAUGUUGCCUGGAUGUCUGAAAACACAGGGAGCAUCGGGAAGAGGACGACCCUUACAUGUAUGUAUAGCAAAUAUAUACGGAGUAUGGGGAUCGCAGCGUUUGACGCCCAGAUUUACCGCGCAGAUGAUGCUCCUGAUUUCAAGCGAGGGAACCUAACCAACAUCAUGUUCGCUGGGACAGCAGUUGUUUUAUGGAUUGUGCAAAAGUACAUGUACAGGUAUCGCAACGCUGUUAGGGCUAGAAAAUUAGAAGUUAUGACGGAGGCUGAGCGAAGGGAGGAGAAAGACAGGAAGGAAGAGAAGGGAAAUGAUAGUGUCAUAUUCAAGUUUACUACCUGA